CUCACCGCCGCGCCGCUGUCUGCGCUGCUGCGGCAGCCGCCCUGCCAGAGGCACAACCUCAGCGAGGAGCAGGUGCUCCACAACGAGUGGUACCAGCUGCCGUCCCCGGCGCCGCCAGUCCAGAUGGUGCAGUGGGCGCGCAGGCACCACCUGCCCGUCGUUCUCAGGAAACAUCUGUUUGUGCCAGAGCUAGCAGCGGCGUGGCUGGAUGAACUUCGCAAAGAGUUUCAUUUCCGGCCAGAUGUCCAAAUGGUGGCAGACGAGAAACUGAACAACGCCAGAACCCAAGUAGCCGAGAUGGCAGGCUGUAAUCAUAGUCAGGUGUGCACUGUCGGUGUCCACGUGCGGAGGACAGACUACGGACCGUACAUGCGAAAACUGUACCCCAGAUGGGAGGAGGCGGGCGUAAAGUACUACCGCGCUGCGGCGGCCGAGAUGCUGAGGGCGCUGCCUGCCAGGUGCGCCGGCGUCGCCUUCCUGGUCACCAGCGACGACCCCAGGUGGUGCCGGCGCCGUCUGCUGCCCGCACUCAGGGCGGACGCCCACGACAAAUCGCCGGUGAGUGCUGUGUUCCUAAGAUCGUCGAAAGAUGCAGUGGAUGAUCUAUGUCUGCUGGCGUCUUGUGAGCAUACCAUCAUUAACUACGGUACCUUUGGAACACUAGCCGCCAUGUUGGCUGGAGGCAGGGUAAUCCUGUAUGACGUGACUCAGCACGGCGUACGCCACCGGAACCCUUCCUCUCGCAUAGCAGACUACCUGCCACAGUGGAAUGCUCUGUCCUGACGCGUGCUGCCCACUUAAUCAUUCCACAUGGCGGUUGACACCUGCGUAAAUCUACUUCAGUAACAGCCUGUCAUCAGUUACCAGAUGACCUGUGUAUGGUGAUCAUGACUCGUGAACAGGAGUAUUCAGAAGGUGUGCUACCUACAACAAGGCAGCAGUUCAGAGGUGACUCUCAAAUGCUACAGAGAGAAACUGUGCAUCAUGCCAUUCUCACAGUUCCUGGCAGUGUUUGGUAAGGCAUUUGCUCUGUAAGUGAUUAAUGGAUCCACAGGACGGAACAUCGUUGCAUAUUUCUUCUGGUUGUUGCAUAAAACGUGUACUAAAAUACAAGGAAAGAUACAUGUUUGGUGUCGUUUAUUUGAAUUUUCCAGAAGGAAGUUGUUGGAAAUGUGGGAAAUCAUCGUGAAUUUCAACAAAACGAAAAUAUUCUACUUUUAAAGUUAUCUCAGCCUGACUUAUGGAAGAUGUAUUCUGAUGUCCACCUAGGAAGAUGAUUGGAUGACUGUAUGUUAUUGCACAAUAAAUCAACAACUGACAAAGUUGAUUUCCA